AUGAAGCUCACGAUCCGCGCGAAUAUGGGCGUCUGCGCACUCGUCAACGACGUCACGGCGCUUGUGGGUGAGAGUGUUCCUGGCUGUAACAGGACGAAAUGGGUUCUGAGGGAGAAAGCCACCUCUUUCACUGGUUCCGAGAGAGAGAGGGAUCGCCAGGACACACCAGCUGACGAGCCCAAUGACGACGAAUACCGCCAGCAGUUGGCUCUUCAUCGCGCUGCCACAGCAGAGCAGAAAAUUGCAGCAAGCGCAGCCGACCUGGACCGCACAAGGCGGCUGCUGCGCACGGGCCUGGCUGCCCAGCAGGACUUGGUGCAACAGAAGAACGAGCAGCGCAACUUGCUGACAUUCAAGAUGAGGGAGGCGAAAUUUGAGGCGGCCAAUCAGCGGCACGGCGCGUCUCUGCUGAAGCCCAGGGAGUUGAGGUAUGAGCGGGACAGAGCCUGCGACAUCUUGGAUGACCCCGCCCACAUGUGUCAUGAGCUGGCGGAUGCCCAGGACAGAGUGCGCCAGCUGUCGAAUGAGGGACCCGUGGAAACUAGUUCACCUAGGAAGAAACCCGUCAGGUCUUGGGGAACCUUGCAAAUAAAUAAAAUGCCUGCCAUAAGCAAGCUGUACUACAGCUCAAUGCUCGCUUCUCAAUGGAGUUCAAGCAACAUAACGGGUCUCCCACAGCCUGGGAAACACCAGCAACAUCCCGGGCCAAUCCAUACUCUCCUCAGUGCAUCUCGGUACCAACUCACACCAAAAUUGGCUGUCCCUCAUUGGCCAAUCCUACCAGCGCAACAUAUGCAUCUGCAAUAUCCUAGAAGAUCUCUAAUAUCAGGCCGAAGCGCUUAUAGGUUGCGCUUGCCUGUUGCAAUUACCUGGGGAGCAGGUGAGAUAGGAAGUUCUAUAUGUACUUUAUCAGCUUCUAUCCCCGUAGUGCUAGUAAAGUAUAUAAAAUGGGUAAACUACUAG